CCUGGCAGCGCGGCCGCCGUCUCUGCCGCAGCCGUUCCGCGGAGCUGGCGCCAUGGCAGACCAGUCUUUUGUGACUCUAGCCACAAAUGACUCCUAUGUGAAAGGAGCACUGGUACUUGGUUCAUCUUUGCAACAGUACAGAACAACAAGGAAGCUGACUGCACUCAUAACUCCUCAGGUCUCAGAUCUUAUGAGGAGCGUGCUGGAAAAAGUCUUCGAUGAAGUCAUACUGGUAAAUGUCUUGGAUAGUGGGGAUUCAGCACACUUGGCGUUAAUGAAAAGACCUGAGCUGGGUGUGACACUAACAAAGCUUCACUGCUGGGAACUGACCCAGUUUUCAAAAUGUGUUUUCAUGGAUGCAGACACAAUGGUUUUGUCAAAUAUUGAUGAGCUUUUUGAGAGAGAAGAGCUGUCUGCAGCACCAGACCCAGGCUGGCCUGACUGUUUUAAUUCUGGAGUUUUUGUUUACCGACCUUCCAUUGAAACAUACAAUCAGCUGUUACAGUUUGCCACAGAGAAAGGCAGCUUUGAUGGUGCGGAUCAGGGGUUAUUAAACACCUUCUUCAGCAGCUGGGCAACAACAGACAUGAGCAAACAUCUACCAUUUAUUUAUAACUUGAGCAGCACUUCUGUAUAUUCCUACCUUCCAGCAUUUAAAGCGUUUGGUGCAAAUACUAAAGUGGUGCAUUUCCUGGGAAGCACAAAGCCAUGGAACUAUACAUAUGACUCCAGAACAAAAAGCAUAAAAGGCAACAUGGAUGACCCUAAAAUAGUUCACCCAGAAUUCCUCAACAUGUGGUGGGAUACCUAUACAGCUAACAUUUUACCAUUACUAGAACAGCAUGGAGUUGUUAAAGAAACUACUACAGGUGUAAACACGGCAGAGGUUACAGAGGCAGUGUCCCACAUAUCAAUAUCAGCACCAUCACCGGUAUUACCAACUGUAUCAUCAGAAGAACGCAAGGAACGGUGGGAACAGGGCCAAGCUGACUAUAUGGGAGUGGAUUCCUUUGAUAACAUCAAGAAGAAACUUGAUACCUACCUACAGUAGAAAUGCCUGUCUCAAACAGCGGUGAUGCAAGGACU